AUGCCACUCCCUAACCCCUGGACCGGAGACGACUACGAGGACGGCUUCCCCGUCACCCUCAUCACCGAACUGACCAUGAUGGCCGUCUCCAACACCAUCCGCGAGAAACCUAAUUGGUGGCUCAAGUACAACGACCCCGACAUCUCGGCCCGUUGGCGACAAGAAAUCGAGGCUGCCGGAUUGGAGCGAGAAGAGCGGUACCGUCUUGGCAAGGCUGAAGUUGAUUUUGUUUUCAAGGAACUCGAGUGGUAUGCUCAGAAGCGGCAGGAACAGGUGGAUCAGCAGGGAGGGGAGGUGACGAUUGAUGUCGGUGUGGAGGGGACCAGGAGGGCGGAUGGGUUGAUCUCCGAGGAGUUGAAGAAGCGGUUGAUGGACAGUGUCAAGAAGUUGGAGGAUGUUCCUGAGCACCUUAAGGACUGGCAUCCUGGUUCUGACCGUCAGGUUCUGGACUUGGUUCAUCCUUCGUUGUUCCCUUUUGUUGCUGGACGCACCCGUGUGACCAAGAAGGAGGCUCUUCCAGCGCUCAAGUCGAUCGGUUCAGGCGACGUUUUGCAAAAGGCACCCAACCCCCAAAGGAUGCAACCAAUGUAUCUCUCGAAAAAAUUCCAGUGGCUCCCCACAGACUUUGAUGUCUCACCCGAAGGGAAGUUUAAGGCCAAGUCCUACAUCAACAACCUGCACCCAGAGGAACACAAGGACAUCUACCCGGUCCUGGAGGAGAUCUUGGAAAAGUUCUUGCCGAUGUUUGAGGAGGUGGUUGGGGAGAUGGCGGUGUUGGAGACCAAGGCCAAGAAACUCUCGGUGGAUCCUUAUGGCUGGUACCCCGAUCGACCCGAGGCCGGUUCGGACGAGAAUGAAGACGAGGUCUAUGAUGCAUACUACGAGAACAGAGUCCCCAAGCCCCUCGAGAUCCCCGAGUUCACAGCCCCCGCAGAUGUCCCCAAGUACGACCUUAAGAACACCGGCAAGCCUCUUCAAGUCAUCGUCAAACUGGCCAACAUUGAGCUGACGCCCGAGAACCCCACAUACCAGGGCGGUACCUGGCAUGUCGAGGGCAUGGCCAACGAGAACAUUGUCGCUUCCGGGAUCUACUACUACCACACCGAGAACAUCUCCGACUCGCGUCUCAACUUCAGAAUCCAGGUCCAGGAGCCCGGUUACGAGCAGAGCGACGACAGCGGUGUGCGACACAUGUAUGACCUGUGGAACGAUGGACCUCUGGUCCAGUACCUGGAUGGCGUCGUCACCAAGCAGGACCGCUGUCUCGUCUUCCCCAACAUCUACCAACACCAAGUUCAGCCCUUCACACUCGACGACGCCACAAAGCCCGGAUCGCGCAAGAUUCUCGUCUUCUUCCUUGUCAAUCCCGAGGAGCCUACCUUAUCGACUACGAACGUCCCGCCGCAGCAGAAGGAAUGGGCGACCGAGGAUUACAUGAAGGUGGUUGCCAAAUUAUUGCCUCCAGAGUUGGUUCAUGAGAUUGAUCAGUUGGUCGAUUGGCCUAUGGAGUUAGAGGAGGCCAAGAAGCAUCGAGAGGAACUGAUGAAGGAGCGCAAGUUCUUUGUCAAGACCAUGGAGGAGGAAGUCUUUGCCCGUCCCUUCUCUCUCUGCGAACACUGA